AACACACACUGAGCAUGCGUGCGACACUGGGGUAACUUAAUGGAGGACUAUCUUUCCUACCCAUGGUGAAUUGUGAACAAAUAAUCUUCUGCUUUUGAAGAUUUUGAGGGAGCAAUCACUCAUUACUUUGUCGGCUGUCGUAAGUUCAUAUUUUAAACUUAAAAACGUGUUUGCUUUUAAGUAGCUAACUAGUGAUAAGUAAUGUUGCUGAAAAUUAAUGUCUUUGCUUUUAGUCGAAGCUACGUUAGCCUAACGUACUAAAUACUUGCUUCUCAAAGUUGUCUUGCGUUAUUCUUAACAUGUUUGUCAGUAUGACAUGAUGCAUGAUACAACUCUUAUUACUUUGUCUUUGCUCUAGCUGAAUACAUUAAGUAAAAAGUGAUUCAUCUGGCUAGGUUUGUAAGGCAUCUUGCUAACGCUAGAUCUUUUCCGGGAGUUGGGUGACAACACUGGGCCCGUCGUUAAAUGACUUGGCAUUCAACCAAUCACAAACUUAGGAAAUUCAUUUAAUCAGGAUUUCGUCCAAUCGGCAGGUGGGCAGGAACUUCACAAUGCGAAAACGUUAGCUGGUUAGAGGAAUAUUAGCAUGCUAGCUUUCUUAUGUUGUAGGAAGAAAAAGUUCGACAACAACACAACGUUAGCAGCAUAGGUAGCUAGCUAACUAUCCCACGGAGGAUAUCAGAAUUUAGUAAUAGACUGGCUUACUGCUAGGUAACGUUAGCUAGCUAAUGUUAACUAACUGGCUGGUUUAUAUUUGAGUUUUGUUGUUGAUUUUAACGUUAGGCAUUUGUCAGUGCUAGUUACUACAGCCACAACGUCGAAAUGGCUAUAUCGUAACAAGUCAUGAAAACAAACAUUUGCUUUUUGGUUUUGGUCUUAAUUUAAGGUUAGGCAUAAGGUUAGCAGUGAGGUUGAGGUUCGGUUUAAAAUAAAAUGUUAAGAAGAUACACUUUAGAAAUAAGCGGGGUUUAUGACUUUGUGGGUGUGGUAACUAGUGACGACCGGCAUCUAGCUAGUUAAUUAUUGUCAUAGCUAUCUAACCCUAACGCAUUGUUAGGGUUCUGAACCGAAGUAAUUUCGACGGCAUUGUCUACCUGGCCCCACAAUAUGUAUAUUUCUUGUUCUGUGUAUUUGAGUGUUUUUGUGUGAUAUACACUUCUGUAGUUGCCAUGGCGAACUAGUAGUAGCCUAAGCAGAGAGCUCCUGUAAAUAUGUACAUAUUUCUAGGUUAAAACACUUUAAAUGUGUAUCAGCUGUUUUGUUUUUGAUAACAUUGAGUUUUGUUGCAUAUUUCUGGUGGUUUUGACCCACAGAUGUGCAGAUGGACUGGCAGGUCAAGUCUUUAUGGCUUAACUAGCUACUUUAGCUGGCUAAUUGUUUUUGUUCAAAUGAUGCAUCUGGACACUGUACCAGCUUGUUUGUCAAUUGAAGUGUCACCUGAAGCUUGAGAGGAAUGGGAGAUGCAGCAAAGCAGUGGUCACCAAUCCUUUCUGAGUCAAUAUCACUUUCUGAGGCAAAAUGCAAGCCGAGAUCUACCGCUCAGAUUUUUUGGGAACAUGACUUAAAAAACGUAAUCCUAUGCAACAUUAAGCUAUUAAAAACAGUACUGUAGCAAUGAGGUUUGUGCAGUAGGCUAUAGGCCCAAUAUGUUAUCACUGCAUAUUGGCUUUGCUUGAAUUGCCCUGCCAAUGCAUUGUUCAUUAUAUUAAAACAUUUGAAGUAGGAUAUAUGAUCACACUGUUAAUAGCUCAGUUGUUGUUGUAUUACUUGUGAGGCUCAGCUGAGUGAGCAUACAUUUAAAUAAUUUGCUUUUUGUUUUUAUUUUACUGGGCUGAUGGUGCCUGCAUCUGAUGGUCAGUCUCAGCGGAGGGAGAGAGCAGCAGACUGUUGAGGGUCCGCUUCUCAACGGCUCUCCCUUUCCUCCACUGACACUGACCAAAAAGGGACACUGUCUUCCAGCUGAUGGCGAAACUUAGUUGCACUGCAUUAUUUCUGCCUCAUGAACAAAUUCAUGUUGUUACUCCUAUGAACAGAGAAAGUGAAAUAUUCCUUGAUAUUAAAAAAGCUGCUGAUAAUAACAACGAAAGCCUAUAGAUACACAUUCCUGCUCAUUCAUUACAGCUGCAGUGCUGAUUGUUGCACAAAUGGAAGUACAAAGAACGCACAUUUUAUGGCUUAUACAAGUAUUGAAUAAAAAGUGUUGACAGUGCUGAGUAAGAACUUAAACCGCUCUUUGCUGUAUUCGUUGACAGUAUCUCCCUAGUCUAGGUUGAGCGUGGGAUACGCCAUUUAGUCAACUGGUCGAUUGUUGGUCGAUAGGCGGUUGGUCGGCCAAUAUUUGUUUUUGUUUUUUGAGAAGUUGCAAAAAUAUAUAUACAGUACCAGUCAAAAGUUUGGACACACCUACUCAUUCCAGGGUUUUUCUUUAUUUUACUAUUUUCUACAUUGUAGAAUAAUAGUGAAGACAUCAAAACUAUGAAAUAACACAUGGAAUCAUGUAGUAACCAAAAAAGUGUUUAACAAAUCAAAAUAUGCUUUAUAUUUGAGAUUCUUCAAAGUAGCCACCCUUUGCCUUGAUGACAGCUUUGCACACUCUUGGCAUUCUCUCAACCAGCUUCAUGAGGAAUACUUUUCCAACAGUCUUCAAGGAGUUCCCACAUACUGAGCACUUGUUGGCUGCUUUUCCUUCACUCGGCGGUCCAACUCUCCCAAACCAUCUCAAUUGGGUUGAGGUCGGGUGAUUGUGGAGGCCAGGUCAUCUGAUGCAGAACUCCAUCACUCUCCUUCUUGGUCAAAUAGCCCUUACACAGCCUGGAGGUGUGUUUUGGGUCAUUGUCCUGUUGAAAAACAAAUGAUAUUCCCACUAAGCGCAAACCAUAUGGGAUGGCAUAUUUCUGCAGAAUGCUGUGGUAGCCAUGCUGGUUAAGUGUGCCUUGAAUUCUAAAUUAAUCACCAGUGUCAAAGGUUGUACAUUUACAGUUCAUUCCCAUUUGCAGAGUGCACAAUCUAGGCUACACUUGUGAGAAAAAAGUUGUGGUUUAUUUCAUUCCAUUUACGAGUUGUCAAUUUAUUAAUUGUGUUUUGUUUGGAGCGCUCCUGUCAAUGUUGAGUGAGGACGCACACCUGAUUAUGCAUAAAAGUAGGCCAGGUAUUUGUAGGCUUAUAAAUGUGCACAUUUGGGGAUCUGAUGGUAUUUCUGAUUGUCUUAACUCACCACCACUAAUGAGCUGUGGAGCUUCUCCAAGUAAUAUUUUCUUCACCUCAAACAGCAAGUAAACUGUUUUUACAUCCAUUGAUAAUGACAAUAGUUCCUCAAUGUAGCCUAUUUGAAAAAUCUUUACAGCUAGCUCCCUUUUGUAUCAGUGUGAAAAGGGGGGGGGGGGGGGGGGGGGAUCAGUAGAAAUGGUAGGUUGCCGACCCCUGUUGUAGCCUAUUACCGGCAACUUCGGGAGCGUAAUGGUAGAAUCUACGGGAUUUAUUUUGGUUAGGCAAUCUUGAUCUCUGGCUCGCUCUUGAGUCAUUUGUGUAUCUUAAUUACAAUUGGAGGUGUACCUGUGGAUGUAUUUCAAGGCCUAGCUUCAAACUCAGUGCCUCUUUGCUUGACAUCAUGGGAAAAUCAAAAGAAAUCAGCCAAGACCUCAGAUCUUUUUUUUUUUACUUCCACAAGUCUGGUUCAUCCUUGGGAGCAAUUUCCAAACGCCUGAAGGUACCACGUUCAUCUUUACAAACAAUAGUACGCAAGUAUAAACACCAUGGGAUCACGCAGCCGUCAUACCGCUCAGGAAUGAGACACGUUCUGUCUACUAGAGAUUAACGUACUUUGGUGUGAAAAGUGCAAAUCAAUCCCAGAACAACAGCUAAGAACCUUGUGAAGAUGCUGGAGGAAACCGGUACAAAAGUAUCUAUAUCCACAGUAAAAAAAAAAGUCCAAUAUCGACAUAACCUGAAAGGAAGAAGCCACUGCUCCAGGAGGGACUGGUGCACUUCACAAAAUAGAUGGCAUCACGAGGAAGGAAAAUUAUAUGGAUAUAUUGAAGCAAUAUCUCAAUACAUCAGUCAGGAAGUUGAAGCUUGGUCGCAAAUGGGUCUUCCAAAUGGACAAUGACCCCAAGCACACUUCUAUAGUUGUGACAAAAUGGCUUAAGGAGAACAAAGUCAAGGUAUUGGAGUGGCCAUCACAAAGCCCUGACGUCAAUCCUAUAGAACAUUUGUGGGCAGAACUGAAAAAGUGUGCGAGCAAGGAGGCCUACAAACCUGACUCAGUUACACCAGCUCUGUCAGGAGGAAUGGGCCAAAAUUCACCCAACUUAUUGUGGGAAGCUUGUGGAAGGCUACCCAAAACGUUUGACCCAAGUUAAACAAUUCAAUGGCAAUGCUACCAAAUACUAAUUGAGUGUAUGUAAACUUCUGACCCACUGGGAAUGUGAUGAAAUAAAUAAAAACUGAAAUAAAUCAUUCUCUCUGCUAUUAUUCUGACAUUUCACUUUCUUAAAAUAAAGUGGUGAUCCUAACAGACCUAAGAACCAGGGAAUUUUUACUAGGAUUAAAUGUCAGAAAUUGUGAAAAACUGAGUUUAAAUGUAUUUGGCUAAGGUGUAUGUAAACUUCCGACUUCAACUGUAUAUAUGGAAAAAUACAUGUUUUAAAAUUUGACCAGUCAAUUGGUUGAAAGAAAAAAAUGUUGGGGACAUCCCCUACUCUAAUCAUGGUUAUGAAAUCUCUUUGCUGUAGCUUUCUUUUAUGCCUGCUACAUUACUGUAGACACGGUAAUCUUUGCCAUCUGAUUGGCCAGCGGUAGGCCCGGGAAGCUGAUUAGGUGCACCUACCGCCAACUGCGUGAGACAAGUAAAAAAAAAAAAAAGUUUUAUCAUUGUUGUUUUUUCACAGAAAUGUUUGGUGAUCGACUAGAAAUACCUUGGAGGUCGAUCGCGAAUGGUCCGGUUGGUGACCACUGCAGUAAAGUACUGAGUACUGAGGCAGAGGGUUCGUAGUGAGGACGACUGGCUACUACUCGGAACUGUGUGUGGUGAGCUUUCUGGCGCCCAGAGCUGCUGAGGCAUCAUCUAAGUGGGUGCCAAACAUUGUAAAGGAGGAGGUCCAGUAGCUACACGACUCAGGCUGGUUCCCAGAGUAGCCCUCUAUAUCAGUGUUUCCCAACAGGGGGUACGUGGGAAGAUUUUGUAAAAAAAAUUCAAGAAAGAAUGUUUCUCAUGGGGUACGUGGGAACAUUUUUGAAAAAAAAUUGUAGUGCGUGUGCAUUACUCUGUCUACCGGCCUCUGCCCGCCGCUCGUGCCUAGUGCAGGUGAUCCUUUGUUCUGUGCGUUAGAGUGCCUGCAGCUGUUUAUCCUCACAGAAACUAUGAUUGAUGCACUGAAGAUUGAACCAUUGUCAAAUAACACAGUGUGCUGUGGGCGUUGAUAUUGUUGAUCAAGUGGUAAAAAAAAAAAAGAGCAAAAUCUGGAUAGGUAGUCCUGUGUUUAUGUGUGCACGGAUUGUGCUGCAUCAAUGCCUGGGAGAGUGAAAUGAUGAAUUGCCCACAUAAAGAAGGUAAAUUCACAGAGAGGCGUUGGUCAGCAAGAGAAUGAGUCCUGAGUUACAUGAUGUUUUGAGUGACGCAGUGAAAGUGAUUAACUUAAUCCAGUCCAGUCCUCUGAAUUACCAACUGUUUGAAAGGCUCUGUGAUGACAGUCGGACUGAGCACCAGCAGCUUCCGCUUAACACUGAUGUCCGUUGGGUAUCUAGAGGGAAAACGCUACAGAGGCUUUUUGAGCUGCGCGCCGAAGUAAGUGCUUUUCUGUCUGAGCACUCACACCCCCUUGUGGCUGUGUUCGAGGACACAGACUGGGGAGCCUGUCUUGUCUAUCUUGCCGAUAUGUUCAGCACAUUGAACAACAUUUUACAUUUUUUACAUUUUAGUCAUUUAUCAGACGCUCUUAUCCAGAGCGAUUUACAGUUAGUGAGUGCAUACAUUUUCAUACUGGCCCCCUGUGGGAAACAAAUCUACAACCCUGAGGUUGCAAGCGCCAUGCUCUGCCAACUGAGCUACACGGGGCAACAACCUGAAUCUUACUCUGCAAGGUAAAGACGCACACAUUCUAAACAUGUAUGACAAAGUGUGUAGAUUCACGGAGAUCAAACUAUAGGAAAGGAAGUGUGAAGAUGAGGAUAUAAGUUGUUUCCAGCAGCUUGACCCCUACCUUGCUACAGGGGAUUUUGAUAGAGCUCCUAUGGUGCAAAUAGUAACCUCACAUUUAUCCAAACUCAACAGAGAGUUCAACUCCUACUUCCCUGACAUUGAAAACAAGUCUGCCAAACUUGACUGGGUGCAUAAACCAUUUUUUUGGUAAAACGUACACCUAAUAUAUGAAUCACGUCAGUCGCACGCGCAUGAGGGGGUACUUCAGGCAGGUCAUUGUGUUUUUAGGGGUACAGUACCCAAAAAAGGUUGGGAACCAUGCUCUAUAUGAUUGUCACCAGACUCUUCCUCAACCAUUCCCUGACCACCUUCCUCUGAUCAAGCCAUGAACUGUCCCUCCAUCUUUUGGAGGAUGCAUACACUCAAAGACUUGGCCUCUUUUUGUUGACCUAACUAUAGCUAGGCUACUCAUGAUGAUGUACCUGUAUUGCUUGUUUGUUUUUUGCUUUUGAAGUGCUUUGAGAUUAUGUAACGCGCUAUAGAAAUUGUAUUUAUUAUUAUUAUUAUAUAACAUUAGGGGGUGAAGCUAUUGCGUGUGCUAAUCAAGUGUAACUGUUGCAUCCUGUGUUUGCAAUAUUAAAUCAUUAGCUAGUUAGUUUCCAUAGUAAGAUGAACUUUGUACAUAUGUAGCACAUGGGGAUGUGUGAAACAGCCUGAAGUGUCCCCACUUGUGCCGCCGAAUUGCUAGCUUUUCGUGUUGCACCGUCUGGUAAGACCCAUCAGGAGGGUGGUCACGUGUGCUUGCAAGGCAGAGGUCCCGAGUUCGCGCCAGGUGUGGGCUGAAUCGGAAAGGAAGUGGUACUCGCUAAGCAAGCAGUGUGAUGUCCUUUACACAUAAACCGUAGGGGGUGACAGGUGAUCGAGACUGUACAUGUUAUCAACGAUGCAAUGCUACAGUCCAUUACAAUUAUUCCUGAUAUAAUUUAUUAUACAAAGACAAAAUUCACAAAUGCUAUAGCACAACGGCAGAGUCAUGUCUUAAGUGUAAAACUAACAGUGACUUAAUGAUUCAUUCCUUCUGGGAAUGCUAUAAAGUCCAAAAGUUAUGGGCGGAAUUAGUUGGCUGUCAGAAGUAUUACAAUAUCAAUGUACUUUUAAUCUGUCUAUCUGCAUAUUUCAAGACAUGGCAUAUGAGGGUGUGGUGAGAUACUCAAUGGGUUGGACUGUACUUUUCUCGUAAAUCAUUUUGAAAUUAUUUGUUUAAAAACUGGAAAUCAAAUUACAAUCGUUAAGACAGUGCAUGAAUCAAAUGUAUUAUUUAAAUAUUGAAAACAUAUGGGCUACAGAGAGAGAAACAGAAUAGAGCAAUUUGAGGUCAUAUGGCAUAAAGUCUUAGAAGCACUAGAAGUUGAAACGGUGGGGACAUGUGGGUCUGAGCAGGUGUUAUGUCAUCAGUGUUUGUGUGUCUGUCUAUAGUUUUUUGUCUAUGUGUGGUUUAUAUUGUUUGAAAAAUUAAUUAAAACAUUUGUACAAAAAUAUUUACUAAUUAUUCCUGAUAACUAGACCCAUGUGAGAAGCCCUCAAACUUAAAGGAAGAAUCCACCCAAAACCACUAAUUCCUUUAAUUUACAGUGUUAAAUAACACUAAUAUUUUGUCGUUAAAAUAAGGUUGGUAGCAAUAUGGAAAAUAUCUUGUGGAAAUCUGUUGCAGCGCAAAUCAACUACAAAAUCAGCAAUGCUCUCUCUACGGCCUGGCUGGCUAGCUAGCUAGCUAGCUAGCUAGCUAGCAAGCAAACGUAGCUACACACAAUAAUACCAAAGACAAUAUCAGCAUGUAACGUAGCUAGUUAACUGUAAAAUCGGCUAAACAAACUGCACUAUCAAUUUCAGCAAGAAGUACAACAUUACAAAUAUUUUCCGUGAUGAUAAUUAACUUGCCAUCUGUAGUAACAUAUAGCUUUGGAAUCGUGACAUUACGUACUUUCGAGGAAAAUACGCGCGUUUCUCGACACACUGACUUUGAGAAGGGAUGUGUGACGAUUAGUUUAGCAACCGCGUGAUGCAGCAUGACCACGUGAAUGCAAUUGGUUGACAGUCUGCUGGGUGGGGCCUUAUACAUUCCUUAAUUCCUAUCUCCUUUCUAUAAUCUCUCUGACAACGGCAUCAUACAAUGGACCCUGGACUAAAGAGGCAGACAAAUAGGAAAAAUGUGCUAGACCCUCUGUUAAAUAACGCAUUUCUUGAGGUAGGAAUAUCGCAAAAAUAUCAAUGGUUCAUUCGAGAGAAGACAUUCUCCUGUGUUAUGAUAUCGGCCAGUAUUGAAAUCUGACAUGUAUGAUAGACGUUUCCGCGAUAUAAACUGUAUUCCUAUUAACUUUCAGUGUAGUGAGAGCGACUUUAUCACGGUGCUACGGCAUACCGGCUGGAUUUCUGCCUGCUUGAACGCCAAUAACUAAGAUACACAUGACAACAUGAAAUGACCCAGGGAAUCGAUAGAACAUCACUCAGAGAUGCACAAAAACAAUAUAACAUUCAAAAUGGGUGAACCUUUCCUUUACCACAAAAUGAUAAGUCAGAGGUGAAGCAUUGGCUAUCUAAAUGUGAUCAGAUCAACACCAAAACAUAUGUUCUCUCUUGUCCAGUGUCUGCAGAUCAGAGCGACUCAAGGAUGGCGACAGACACUGCGUCCCAGCAGACUCCUGGCUCCAGGAUCAUGACCUUUCACCCUACCAAGGAGGAGUUUAAGGACUUCAGCCGUUACAUCGCCUACAUGGAGUCACAAGGAGCUCACCGAGCUGGAAUGGCUAAGGUUAGUGUGCGUGCGUGUGUGUGUAUUUCUGAAGAUCAUAAGCAUUCAUCAUUCUAUGUUUCUAAUGUUUAUAUCCCAUUUUAUAAAGAAUACACUCUGCAUGAAUUGUAAGACAAUGCUAUGUGUUUUGUGUGUGUUGCAGGUUAUUCCACCCAAAGACUGGAAGCCCAGACGUACCUAUGAUGACAUAGAUGACCUGGUGAUCCCUGCUCCUAUACAGCAAGUGGUGACUGGCCAGUCCGGUCUCUUCACACAGUACAACAUCCAAAAGAAACCCAUGACAGUCCGGGAGUUCCGCAAGACUGCCAACACAGACAAGUGAGCUUUCACACUGUUAAACACAUGGUUAUACACAUGGUUGUAACAUAGUACUCAAUGUUAACAUAGUUAUACACAUGGUACAUGUUAUAGGACACAUGAUGCAUAGUUAUAGGCUACACAUGGUUUUAAUAUUGGUUUUAUUUCUCAAAACACUGUUGAAGCCAUGGAUUACAGGCAACAUCCGCACCGAGCUAAAGGCUAGAGCUGACGCUUUCAAGGAGCGGGACACUAAUCCGGACGCUUAUAAGAAAUCCCGCUAUGCCCUCAGACGAACCGUCAAACAGGCAAAGCGUCAAUAUAGGACUAAGAUUGAAUACUACUACACCGGCUCUGACGCUCGUCGGAUGUGCCAUGGCUUGCAAACUAUUACGGACUACAAAGGGAAACCCAGCCGCGAGCUGCCCAGUGACGCGAGCCUACCAGACGGGCUAAAUGCCUUUUAUCCUUGCUUUGAGGCAAGCAACACUGAAGAAUGCAUGAGAGCACCAGCUGUUCCGGACGACUGUGUGAUCACGCUCUCCGUAGCCGACGUGAGCAAGACCUUUAAACAGGUCAACAUUCACAAGACCGCGUGGCCAGACGGACUACCAGGACGUGUACUCAGAGCAUGCGCAGACCAACUGGCAAGUGUCUUCACUGACAUUUUCAACCUCUCCCUGACCGAGCCUGUAAUACCUACAUGUUUCAAGCAGACCACCAUAGUCUGUGUGCCCAAGAAAGCGAAGUUAACCUGCCUAAAUGACUACCAUCCCGUAGCACACACGUUGGUAGCCAUGAAGUGCUUUGAAAGGCUGGUCAUGGCUCACAUCAACACCAUCAUCCCAGAAACCCUAGACUCACUCCAAUUUGCAUACCGCCCCAACAGAUCCACAGAUGACGCAAUCUCAAUCGCACUCCACACUGCCCUUUCCCACCUGGACAAAAGGAACACCUACAGUGCCUUCGGAAAGUAUUUAGACCCCUUGACUUUUUCAAAAUGUUGUUACGUUACAGCCUUAUUCUAAAAUUGAUUAAAUUGUUCCCCCCCCCCCCCCCCCCCCACACACAUCAAUGUACACACAAUACCCCAUAAUGACAAAGCUCAUUUAUGAUUUUUUUAAAAUGGAAAUAUCACAUUUACAUAAGUAUUCAGAGCCUUUACUCAGUACUUUGUUGAAACACCUUUUGGAAGCGAUUAUAGCAUCAAAUCUUCUUGGGUAUGACGGUACAAGCUUGGCACAGCUGUAUUCGGGGAGUUUCUCCCAUUCUUAUCUGCAGUUCCUCUCAAGGUCUGUCAGGUUAGAUGCUGCACAGCUAUUUUCAGGUCUCUCCAGAGAUGUUAGAUCGGGUUCAAGUCCUGGCUGUGGCUGGGCCACUCAAGGACAUUGAGACUUGUCCCGAAGCCACUCCUGCGUUGUCUUGGCAGUGUGCUUAGGUUCGUUGUCCUGUUGGAAGGUGAACCUUUGCCCCAGUCUGAGGUCCUGAGCGCUCUGAAGCAGGUUUUCAUCAAGGAUCUCUCUGUACUUUUCUCUGUUCAUCUUUCCCUCGAUCCUGACUAGUCUCCCUGUCCCUGCCGCUGAAAAACAUCCCCACAGCAUGAUGCUGCCACCACCAUGCUUCACCGAAGGGAUGGUGCCAGGUUUACUCCAGACAUGAUGCUUGGCAUUCAGGGCAAAGAGUUCAAUCUUGGUUUCAUCAGACCAGAUAAUCUUGUUUCUCAUGGUCUGAGAGUCCUCUAUGUGCCUUUUUGGCAAAUUCCAAGCGGGCUGUCAUGUGCCUUUUACUGAGGAGUGGCUUCUGUCUGGCCACUCUACCAUAAAGACCUGAUUGGUGGAGUGCUGCAGAGAUUGUUGUGCUUCUGGAAGGUUCUCCCAUCUCCACAGAGGAACUCUGGAGCUCUGUCAGUGUGACCAUUGGGUUCUUAGUCACCUCCCUGACCAAGGCCCUUCUCCCCCGAUUGCUCAGUUUGGCUGGGCGGCCAGCUCUAGGAAGAGUCUUGGUGGUUCCAAACUUCUUACAUUUAAGAAUGAUGGGGUCCUUCAAUGCUGCAGAAAUUUUUUGGUACCUUCCCUAGAUCUGUGCCUCGACACAAUGCUGUCUCAGAGCUCUACGGACAAUUCCUUCGACCUCAUGGCUUGGUUUUUGCUCUGACAUGCACUGUCAACUGUGGGACCAUAUAUAGACAGGCGUGUGUCUUUUCAAAUCAUGUCCAAUCAAUUGAAUUUACCACAGGUGGACACCAAUCAAAUUGUAGAAACAUCUCAGGGAUGAUCAAUGGAAACAGGAUGUACCUGAGCUCAAUUUCGAGUCUCAUAGCAAAGGGCCUGACUACUUAUGUAAAUAAGGUAUUUCUGUUUUAAAUUAGUAAAAUAAAAAACUGUUUUCGCUCUGUCAUUAUGGGUUAUUGUGUGUGGAUUGAGGACAUAAAAAGAAAUCCAUUCUAGAAUAAAGCUGUAACGUAACAAAAUGUGGAAAAAGUAAAGGGGUGUGUAUACUUUCCGAAUGCACUGUAUAUAUUCAUUGGCUAUAUCAAGGCUAAUUUGUAUAUGAUAAAUAUUGAUACAUUACUAGCUCAAACACUUAAUCUGCAAAAAUAACAAGUUAAUUACAUUUCAGUUAAUCGCUCAGCACUAAUACAUAGUACAUACACCAUAGUAGGCUUGGGCGGUAUCCAGGUUUUCAUAUCGUCAUACCGUCCUUCUCUCAUCCCUGGAUUUACGAUAUUACCUGAGUAGCCCACAAGGGGCGCCAAAAACAAAACAGUAGCCCAUUGGGCCUCUAUUACCAGAAUACUAACAAAAUUAGCACAAACUAAUAGCGACAUCACAUAGACGGUUUUAGCUAAACGAGCGAAAACCAACAUAACUAAUUGCAAAUCCAGAUAAGCAUAGAUAGUAGCUACUGAAUGUCAUUUUUGGUGAGUGUGGACAUUUCCAAGCGAAAGUGAGUGAGAGAAAUUGUGGAAAUGAACAAAGUUGCGAUGCAUGCUUUUCUGUGUACACGGAGGAGAUUGGAGGAGGGAAAAAAAGCUAGUAGGAAGCACAGGGAAAAAAUGGCAACUGUACACAACUCAUCCAGAGCUUUUUUGACUUCUGGCAUAAAUCCAUUAGAAGAUGCCUUAUGGCAAACAUUUAGUAGUGAAUUGCAUACAAGUGUAACUUCAUCACCUCGUGCACCGCACAACAGAGGCUCGCCGAAAGAUAUAGAACGCUAUGGACUCACCAGCUCCUGCUUUCUCCCGCUAUGCUAUUUACAAACAAACACGUGACUGGCUCAACUUUUCUGGGGAACUUAUAAUGUAAAAUAAUGUGAUAGGUGAAAUUAAGAACGCAAUCUGCUUUAUCUCCUAACAUAUUGCAGAAGUUGACUGCAGGUAUUAACUUAAAAAGUAGCUACAAAUAUUAAAAUGUAUUGAAAAACUUAAAAGAAAUAGUAUUGACAAUAUUGAAAAACCAUCCUAUGGGUUUUUCCAAAUACCCCGUUAUAUGGUAUACCGCCCAAGCCUACACCAAAGACCAUACAUAUUUUACACACACAUGAGCUCCAUCAGCAGCAGAUUUAAAUUUUAAAUGGAAAUGAAUGUGUUUAUGCAACAAAUGUUAGUGCAUCGAACCGAAUCGCAUCAAUUCAUUCUUUAAUCAAACCGAAUCGCACCGAAUCGUUUCAAACUAAAACGUAUCGUUCCUGUAUCGUAUUGAAUCCCAUGGCAUGUAUCUAGAGAAGUACCGAAUCGUCUUGAAAAGGAAAGAUAUACAUUCCUACUUGUUUAGCUAUCUUCUGUUACCUUUGUUGUUGUAGGUUCUGUAACCCCCGAUAUGUGGAUUUUGAUGAGCUGGAGAGAAAGUUUUGGAAGAACCUGACUUUUAACCCCCCUCUCUAUGGAGCGGAUGUCAAUGGAACACUCUAUGAUCCAGUGAGUGAUUCCAUCUCAUUCCAUGACCAUUCCAUGUUCUAAUUCUAUUUCAAUAGACCAUUCACUGUCAUUAAACCAGCUUUUACUUUACCAAUGUAUUCUCCAAACAUCAGCCCUCCAUUUGGCUCCACUUCGGAUUUGAACCCACAACCUUCUGUUUAAAUGUCAAUGUCCUCACCCUUAAAGGUCCAAAUCAGCUGUUUUUAUCUCAAUAUCAAAUCAUUUCUGGGUAUCAAUUAGUAUCUUGUGAUUGUACAACUGUGAUUGUUUUCAAUUAAAAUGGUGAAAAAUAAACAAAUAGCUUCUCAGCAAAGAGCAAUUUCUCAAGCAAGAAUUCUGCUAGGAUUAUCUGGGAGUGGUCUGAGUGGGGAGAGAAACUGAAAAAUAGCUGUUAUUGGUUUGGAACUGUCUUUCUUUCUUAUUGGUCUAUUAACUAAUUUAACGGCAGGUGAUGUCACCAGCAGGCCAAAACUCCAUCGCCCCACAACAGGCUGACAUUUCAGGCUGCCUUUUCAAACAGCUCUUACACAGAAAGGGCAUUAUCAUAAUUUUCACAAUUUCACAGUAUUUUUCCAACCUCAACCACACUGGGCCUUUAACAACAUUGUCUCUAACAUCGUCUCUGCUCUAUCUCUCCUAGGAUGUGACAGAGUGGAACAUUGGUCAUCUGAACACUAUCCUGGACACGGUGGAGAGGGAGAGUGGGAUCAAGAUCAAAGGGGUAAACACUCCUUACCUGUAUUUUGGCAUGUGGAAGAGUACCUUCGCCUGGCACACUGAAGACAUGGAUCUCUACAGCAUCAACUACCUUCACUUUGGAGAGCCCAAGUCCUGGUAAAGUUUUUGAUUUAUUUUGCACAGUUAGAAAAUAAACACACAAGGUUCAGUGCAGUGAAGUUAUACCAAUAGAUAUUUAAUGUAUGUCGAUUUUACAGCUUACAAAUGAAACGUGUGUGUGUGUGGGUUGUUAUUAUACGUAACACCCAACACUAGUGUCCUGUCCAGGAUGUGUACAUCAAGCUGCUUCAUGCUACAGAAAAAGGAGAUUGGCUCCUACCCAAUGGGCCGCUCUGGCUAGGACAAAGCUUAUUUGAUUUACUUACUUACCUAACACAUAGCAUCUUGACUACCACUUACAUAGUUGCUCUUAUAUCUCCACAGGUAUGUUGUUCCCCCUGAACAUGGGAAGAGAUUGGAGCGUCUCACUAAAGGUACUUGAAAAGGAAUUUCCUCAUUGAUCCUCAUUCCUUAUUGUUAAUCAAUAUGUUCUAUGUCCAGACAGUAGUCAGCAGAAUUCCUAACAUAAUUGACUUCUUCUCAUGCAGGGUUUUUCCCUGGGAGUGCUCAGAGCUGUGAAGCUUUCCUGCGGCACAAGAUGACUCUAAUCUCACCCUCCAUCCUGAAGAAAUAUGGCAUACCAUUUGAGAAGGUGACC